GUCUCGUUACCAGGCUGCGUUACCCAGUGACCCCAAAGAAGACAACAGCACCAACAACAGCAGGAUUCAGCUACGAGAAAUGGGAAAUUAACCCCUCGGAACUGACGUUCAUGAGAGAGCUGGGGAGCGGUCUGUUUGGUGUGGUGCGCCUUGGGAAGUGGAGGGCACAGUAUAAAGUGGCCAUCAAGGCAAUUCGAGAGGGUGCGAUGUAUGAAGAGGAUUUCAUCGAAGAGGCUAAAGUAAUGAUGAAGCUAACACAUCCUAAAUUAGUUCAGCUCUAUGGCGUGUGCACACAACAGAGACCUAUCUACAUUGUGACAGAGUUCAUGGAGCAUGGCUGCCUUCUCAAUUACCUGAGACAAAAACGGGGAGUUUUAAGUAAGGAUGUCCUGCUCACUAUGUGCCAAGAUGUAUGUGAGGCAAUGGAGUACCUGGAGAGAAACAGCUUUAUCCACAGAGACCUGGCUGCCAGGAACUGUUUGGUCAGUGACUCCGGUGUGGUCAAGGUGUCGGAUUUUGGAAUGACCAGGUAUGUCCUUGAUGAUCAAUACACAAGCUCCUCAGGUGCUAAAUUUCCUGUGAAGUGGUGCCCCCCCGAAGUUUUUAAUUAUAGCCGAUUCAGCAGCAAGUCAGAUGUCUGGUCAUUCGGUGUUUUAAUGUGGGAAGUAUUCACAGAAGGAAAAAUGCCCUUUGAAAAAAGCUCCAACUAUGAAGUGGUAACAAUGGUUAGUCAAGGACAUCGUUUGUAUCGGCCCAAACUAGCCUGUAAGCAGGUGUAUGAAAUGAUGAUGAUGUGCUGGCAGGAGAAACCAGAGGGACGCCCAACUUUUGAAGAGUUGCUUCACUCAAUCAUUGACAUUGCAGAGGGUGAAGAUGCUUUCUGAAAAAAAGACAAGAGCAGCACAAGUACAGGAAAGAAACAACUUUCGAGAGAUGUGGCUUCACCGUUUCUUUUUAAAAGCCUGAUCCUGUAAGCUGCUGGGUGCUGUUAAACAGCGUGGGGAG